CUACGAACUGUACAAACGCAUAGUUUGACUAGCCUUUCCAACGUCUCCUUGUAGAUAGUUCCGCAACCAACAAGAGACGCGAGUACUGUUCUUGUUUGGACCGGACCCGUGUUGUGAUCGCUUGUCUAAUCGGAAUCCAUCCGUGCCUUCUCCCAUUGCUUACCACUACCACCGUUCGUUCGUUCGUGAUGAAUUCGUCGUUGCUGUUGCGUUGGACGGGGUCGUCCUCGACGGCGUUGCGACGUUUCGCGUUCGCGCAUUCCCGCACGGUAGCCCGCGGGUUCGCCGCCAACUUUUCUCGGGAUAAACCGCACGUGAACAUUGGGACGAUUGGACACGUCGAUCACGGGAAAACCACCUUGACGCAGGCCAUUACCAAAGUCCUGUCCGAGAAGGGAUGGAGUCAAGCCAUGACUUACGAACAAAUCGACAAGGCACCCGAAGAAAAGGCUCGUAAAAUUACCAUCAACACUUCCCACAUUGAGUACGAGACGGCCAAUCGUCAUUAUGGACAUAUUGAUUGCCCCGGUCACGCCGAUUACGUCAAGAAUAUGAUUACGGGAGCCGCACAGAUGGACGGCGGCAUCCUCGUCGUAGCGGCGACGGAUGGUCCCAUGCCCCAGACUCGAGAACACAUUCUGCUCGCUAAACAGGUCGGAAUCCCCAAUCUUGUCGUCUUUCUGAACAAGGUGGACUUGGUCGACGACGAAGAAUUGCUAGAGCUCGUUGAAAUGGAAAUUCGGGAGUUGCUCGACUUUUACGACUUUCCCGGAGACGAUAUUCCGAUCAUUCGGGGAUCCGCCCUGGCGGCGGCCGAAGGCCGCAAUCCCGAAAUUGGUUCCGAAAAAAUUCUAGAACUCAUGGCAGCCGUUGACGAAAAAAUUCCGGAACCCAUGCGGGACUUGGACAAGGACUUUCUCAUGCCAAUUGAGGACGUCUUUUCGAUUGCCGGCCGUGGAACCGUGGUCACGGGACGAGUGCAGCAGGGAAAGGUCAACGUAGGUGACGAGCUGGACGUCAUUGGACUCGAUCAGAACCACAAGACGAUCUGCACCGGUGUGGAAAUGUUCAAAAAGCUGCUCGAUUUCGGUAUGGCGGGAGACAACAUUGGAGCCCUCUUGCGAGGUCUCAAACGUGAAGAUGUUCGCCGCGGUCAGAUUCUGUGCAAGCCGGGGUCAAUGAAGACGUCCAAAAAGUUCGAAGCGGAAGUGUACGCCCUCAAGAAGGACGAAGGAGGCCGUCACACCCCGUUCAUGACCAAUUACCGCCCACAAUUCUUUUUCCGAACUGCCGAUAUUACGGGAUCCCUUCAGUUGAAGAGCGGUACAGAGAUGGUCAUGCCCGGUGACAAUACGACCGUUGAUGUGGAGUUGAUUUCACCGGUGGCGUUGGAACCCGGCCUCCGUUUCAAUAUGCGUGAAGGUGGAAUGACUGUCGGAACCGGCAUCGUUACCAAGGUUUCAGAAUAAUAAAGCACGUUUAGUAGAAUG